AUGAGCCAUUACACUUGUUGUGUUUAUAAUGGUCAUAAUAACGGUAGAUAUGGUCCAUACAAAUUUUAUAAGUUUCCAAAGUCAGUGCAUAAAGUUAGUCAAACAGAGCAAUGGAUUGAUGCGGUGAGAAAAAUAAACGGAUCAUCUUGGACCCCAAGAAAUGGAGAUGCAAUAUGUAAUGCCUAUUUUAUUAAUAAUGCAAAGGCAGAAGAGGAAUUAAGCCCAAGCUACAUUCCAACAAUAUUUACCUCUACAUAUAAAUCAACCAUUAUAAAUCAACCAACUGCUAUCAACAGAAACAAGCGGUAUACGAAUCGUAUUAUUAAAAAAAGGAUGUUAGAAUUACAUAAAAAUCCUUCUCGAAAAUGUACAAAACAGGCUACGAAGAAAGAAGUAUCAAAUUUGGAUAUGGACACGGAUCAAAUUAAUGAAAAGCUAUCAAAUAGUGGUGUAGAAAUAGAACAAGUUGUAGAAAAGAAAUUUUGUGAUCAAGAAUGUGAAGCUUAUCGACUCAUAGAUUCCAAAGAACCAUCAAAGUUAUUUAUAUGCAACAGAUUUACAUAUGUGCAAUCAUCGUCACAAUCAUCCACAAUAACUUGCGAGGCUGAAAUACAAACAGAUAUAGUUGAAAUUUGUGGCCCUGUUAAAAUUACUAAUCGUAAGAAGUUCAAGGAUUUUGAAUGUAACACAAAAAUCAAAACUUUUGAAGACAAAUGUAUUGGACCUAGUAUUGAAAGUGAAGAGGUUAAAUCAAAAUAUUUCUCUGGGUUUGAGUCUAUUAAAAAAAAACAACAGCUUUUAGAUCUUGCUGGUGUGACAUUUGCAACUUUCAAUUUUUUAUUAAAAAGAUUAAAAGUACCUAAAGCGAGCAACAGGCCCAUUUCUAAAGAAGAUAGAUUGUUUAUGACAUUAGUUAAACUAAAGAUAGGCUUGACUUUUUCAGCAAUGAGUGUUUUGUUCUGUAAGGAUAGAACGACUAUUUCAAAAAUUUUCUUUUCUACUGUGCGGUAUUUAGCCAGGUCAACUGCAGAUGCUGUGUUUUGGCCAGAUAGAGUUGAUGUGCAAAACACCAUGCCACAAUGUUUUCGUACAGAUUACGGCCAAACUAGAGUUAUUAUAGACUGCACAGAAUUUCGAGUUGAAACUGCACCUCGUGUAGAUGAUCGUGUUUUCACUUAUUCACAUUAUAAAAAAGCUUUCACAGGCAAACUACUUGUUGGAAUAACCCCAGGAGGAUUCAUCAGUUUUAAGUCAAGAGUAGCUGGUGGCAGAAAGAGUGAUUCACAAAUCACUGUAGAAUCACAUUUAAUUGAUCUGCUAGAAGAAGGAGAUGUAGUGCUAGCUGACGAAGGCUUUCCUCAAAUUCAAAGUGUCAUAGAUGAGCGUGGAUCUUCAAUUUUAGUGGUGAUGCCGCCUUUUUUAGAAAAAAAGACAGAAUUUAGUGAAGAAGAAACUACAGAGACGUACACUGUUGCUAAGUGCCGUAUUCACGUUGAAAGAAUAAUGCAAAGGAUUCGAACUUAUCAAAUUUUAAAUAAAAUAACUCACAAUUUAUUCAAAUAUAUAGAUGAUAUAGUGCACGUUAUUUGCGUUUUGGUGAAUUUACAACCAUCAAUCAUGAAAGACGAUUCUAUGGAAAACACAUAA